AUGUCCCUCACAGCAAAGUCCCCCACAGCAAAGUCCCCCACAGCAAAGUCCCCCACAGCAAAGUCCCCCACAGCAAAGUCCCUCACAGCAAUGUCCCUCACAGCAAAGUCCCCCACAGCAAAGUCCCCCACAGCAAAGUCCCCCACACAAAGUCCCUCACAGCAAAGUCCCUCGAUCACAGCAAAGUCCCCCACAGCAAAGUCCCCCACAGCAAAGUCCCCCACAGCAAAGUCCCUCACAGCAAAGUCCCCCACAGCAAAGUCCCCCACAGCAAAGUCCCUCACAGCAAAGUCCCACACAGCAAAGUCCCCACAGCAGUACCCCACAGCAAAGCACCCCACAGCAACGUCCCCACAGCAAAGUCCCCACAGCAAAGUCCCCCACAGCAAAGUACCCCACAGCAGUACCCCACAGCAGCACCCCACAGCAACGUACCCCACAGCAAUGUCCCCCACAGCAAAGUCCCCCACAGCAAAGUACCCCACAGCAAAGUACCCCACAGCAACGUACCCCACAGCAAAGUCCCUCACAGCAAAGUCCCCCACAGCAAAGUACCCCACAGCAAAGUACCCCACAGCAAAGUACCCCACAGCAACGUACCCCACAGCAAAGUCCCUCACAGCAAAGUCCCCCACAGCAAAGUACCCCACAGCAAAGUACCCCACAGCAAAGUACCCCACAGCAAAGUACCCCACAGCAACGUACCCCACAGCAAAGUACCCCACAGCAAAGUACCCCACAGCAAAGUACCCCACAGCAACGUACCCCACAGCAAAGUACCCCACAGCAAAGUACCCCACAGCAACGUACCCCACAGCAAAGUACCCCACAGCAAAGUACCCCACAGCAACGUACCCCACAGCAACGUACCCCACAGCAAAGUCCCCCGCAGCUACGUACCCCACAGCAAAGUACCCCACAGCAACGUACCCCACAGCAAAGUACCCCACAGCAAAGUACCCCACAGCAAAGUACCCCACAGCAACGUACCCCACAGCAACGUACCCCACAGCAACGUACCCCACAGCAAAGUACCCCACAGCAACGUACCCCACAGCAAAGUACCCCACAGCAACGUACCCCACAGCAACGUACCCCACAGCAAAGUACCCCACAGCAACGUACCCCACAGCAAAGUACCCCACAGCAAAGUACCCCACAGCAACGUACCCCACAGCAAAGUACCCCACAGCAAAGUACCCCACAGCAACGUACCCCACAGCAAAGUACCCCACAGCAACGUACCCCACAGCAAAGUACCCCACAGCAAAGUACCCCACAGCAACGUACCCCACAGCAAAGUACCCCACAGCAACGUACCCCACAGCAACGUACCCCACAGCAAAGUACCCCACAGCAAAGUACCCCACAGCAAACACUGACUUCCACUAG